AUGAUACAUGUAAAGAGAAAUGACCCUUGUACGAAAGUUUUAAAGCUAAUAUUAUAUUUAUCUUCUUUUGAUAUUCUAGUUAUUGAUGAAAGGAACCGAGUUUUGAUGGGCCAAUCAUCCAAAGUUAUUAGAACCAAAGAAAUACACCUAGUGGCAAGUACGAGAAUGAAAGUACUGAUACUUGGUUAUAAAAAGUCAUUUUGUUUGAAUGGAUCAUAUUCUUAUGAUCCCAGUAAAGAAAAUACAAGUAUGUAUUAUCAGUGGAUGUGUUUUCUUAACAAUGGUUCACCAUGUUACAUCACUCAAGACGAUGGUGGCAUGUUGAGACUGGAACAAGUUAUUGGAGACGCUGUUCACUCCCCAGUACUCUGUAUCAAGGAUGGGUUACCCCUACCGCAAGACUAUAACUUCACUUUACUGGUAAAAAAGGACACAAGAUCAGCCUUCACUAGUGUCCAUGUGAAAGUAAUUGAUACGGAUGAUGAUACGGCUUUGAGUAUAAUAAAUAAGCCAUAUUUGAACAACCUAGUGAAUCCAAACAGGGAUUUGAAUGUGUAUUAUCUAGUAAAUGGAUCUAUAAUUGCUGAAUAUAACUGUCCAAGCAUUAUACAAGGUUUUUACUGUAUUGAUUUUAGAUAUAUGACUCAUUAUCUCCAUGACUUCUUUGGAGAUUUAUAUUAUGUAUUCAUCCCUGCUGACAGAAUGUCAGCCAGAAGAUCAUAUUUUAUACUUUUCAAAUCUCUUGAUAAGCUAUUUUCAAAUGGAGCUCAUGUUCUGACUUUCACUACGGCAGCUGAUCCAUUCAUUGGUACUUUAAAGGUAAUACCAUCUGAAGACUCUGCUUUAAUGACAGAUUUCACCCUAGAUGCAAGUGAGGGAUGGUGGACCAGCAUUGAUAGAUAUCCUUUAACUUAUCAAUUUUUUUAUGUAAUAUAUGGAAUGUCAACACAUUUUCAUAUUGAAACAGACAUUUCUGUCCUGACUGGGGUAGCAAGGAAUGUAACACUACCAUGCAAUACAAAAGAAGUGAUACUCAAAGUAUGUGAUGUUAAUGACUUGUGUUCCAAUGCAACCCAACCAGUGGAUGUACAAUGCACCAAACUUGAGACAUUUCAGGAUAUUUCCAGCUUUGAUAAGCUAUUCAUGAAUGGGUAUUGUCAUAGGACCUGGUCUUUGAUAGAGGAUCUGAAGAAAGCUUUGAUUGAAAUGGAUGCAUUGCAGCUAGUAAACACAGUGAUGAAAGAGACUGAGUAUUGUUUUUUAAAAAGUAUAGAACAGUAUCAAAAUAUCCUUGAUCUACAUGAUGAAAAAGAAGAACAAGAAAGCCAGGUGAUGAAUGUUCUUCCAAGAGAUAAUUUCACCGACUAUAUGAAAGUUGAGUUGCUUGGAUUUAAGGAUUCAGUAUUUUGGUCAUUUGAAAAAAUGAAAAGUGAAAAGUAUGAAGAAGGACAGCGUGUUUCACGUUUACCCACCCAAAUGGUUAUAAGUUUAAUAGAAGAACUGAUGCAUCAACUGCAGUGGGACUUGGGUGAUACCGAUAAAAGGAUAGAAGCUGGUGUAGUUCAAGUACCUGGGGAUGAUAAAUUAGACGUCCAACAUUGGCGUUUUUGGUUUCGUGCAUCUUUUAGUUAUUUAUCUGAAAGCACUGUUCACUACAGCAGAGACGCAGAGAAUUAUUUAGUGUCAGCUGUUUGGAAAUCCAUGAUAACUGAUCGUCAAUUGGAUGAUUUUCAGGAAGGAGUGGAAUACGAAAUUCAGUGGCACUUCAAUGAUUCACAUGAGAUAAGAGCUGCUGGUCUUCUUCAAAAUGAUAGUAUUAUUUCCAGAGGAAGUUGUAAAACUCUACCUUUGUCAAUAGUUGGCUCGAUUUUUCAUCUUGAACCGUUCUUCUCUUUAUCUAUCUUUAGUUUUGGCAACUUUGCGUCUUUCAACUGGGCUGCUAUGGCUUAUAAAAAUGACUUUUAUGUAAGUGCUUAUUUCAUUUUCGAAACAGAUUGUUUUCAUUUUCUGUAGCAAAAUAAAGUUAUCUUGACCCUUAAAACU